CGCAAGACAACUUAAUCCUACCAGGCGCCUCCUGCUGGCGUUUAAAUGUCCUGGCACGUCACCUAAGCUUGUGUUACACAGCGAGCUGCGCAGGUGACAGGUGGUUGUCAUCCCAGGUAAGCACUGGUCUGAGCUGUUAACCUAACCCUCUAGCAGAUCACAUCUCUGAAGAAGAUGGCGUUAGUAAAAAGUGGCUGGCUUUGGAGACAAAGCUCUUUAUUAAAGCGAUGGAAAAAGGAGUGGUAUGACCUUUGGUUGGAUGGAAAUUUUGUGAAUUACACAGAUGAUAGUAGACAAAAUAUGGAGCAACAGACACCACUGAAACAUAACUGUGUGGACGUCAAAGUUGGCCAAGAGUGCGAAGAUAUUAGUCCUCCAGAAGGGAGUAAUCAAGGCUCACUGCUGGUCGUACAAAUGAGGGAUCACUCUAAGCUACUGCUGUGCGCAGAGAGUGAGGAUGAUGCACUUGCUUGGAAGAUGACUCUGCUAGAUGCACAAACUUAUCCGGUAUAUGUGUACAAUCCAUAUGAUGACGACUAUCAGACCGUUCCAUUGGAUGCUCACCAAGCUGUUUACAUUAAUCAUGGAUAUGGUUGUCAUGGUUACGAGACAAGUAACAAGAUUGCAACGUUUCGCUGGACAUCCCCUUAA